AUGGAGUUGGUAAGAGACCUCUCAACAGGUGCUUUCAUUGACGCGCUAAAACGAUUCAUCGCUACGCGUGGCAUACCCAGCUGCAUCUGGUCUGACAAUGCGUCGAAUUUUGUAGGCGCCAAGAACGAGCUUAAAGAACUACGGAACUUAGCCCUCAGCGAGAAACACCGCAGCGAAGUCCACAACUUUUGCCUCAGUAAUGGCUUUGAUUGGCGUUUCAUCCCACCUCGCUCUCCGCACUUUGGCGGUUUGUGGGAAGCGGCCGUAAAAACAGCCAAACAACAUUUCUAUCGUUCCGUUGGCUCAUCACUGCUUGGCUUCGAUGAAUUGCAAAACCCAGAGGAUUUAGAUGUGCUAACGCCAGGCCAUUUUUUGAUUGGUGGUUCUCUGACAGCUCUUCCGGAACCGGAUCUAACGACGCUAAACUACGACCGACUUGAUCGAUGGCAGCGUGCAACAUACAUUAAACAGGUUUUUUGGAAGCGGUGGACUCAAGAGUAUCUAACUCUUCUACAGCAACGCGCAAAGUGGCGUUUACCUCAUGCCAACAUUCAAGUCAAUGAUGUCGUAUGCAUAAAGGAAGAAAACUCACCACCACUGAAGUGGUCUCUAGCACGGCUGCUAAAAAGGCUUAGUAGCUCAACAUUUGGUGACCCCGACGUGAUCGUAUCACGCGAUUUUUGUGUAAACGUCAGCAACUUCGUCAUGCCAGGGGAAGAUGCAGAUCGAGUAGCCUUUCUAAAGCUGAAAACAAAGGCCAUAUUCAGCAGACUGGAGAGCUUGAUUAACGAGUUGGACGCAGACAAGCUACACAGUAUGGAUGAGUACAGUCUUUCAGCAAUGCUAGAAUCCUUAGGCGAAUUGAAAUCCAGUUUUUCUGCCGCACACACAAGCCUAGAGGAAUUGGACUUCGACUCCAUUGCCAGCGACCUGCCAAGUAACUUCGAUGCUGCUCUAAUCAACCUUAGAGCUACACUGCAACGCGAGAUUGGUAAACGUAGUGCCUCGCAACAUUGCUCCACGCUCAGAAUGAACUCCAGUGAGACCCAAUCAAUCAUUGUGAACGCUAAUAGCUCACGCUUGCCAUUGCUGACACUGCCUAGAUUCAGUGGCGCCUACACCGAGUGGAUAAAUUUCUAUUCAAUGUUCACGUCAAUAAUCGACAAGGACAGCGACCUCACCAACAUCGACAAAUUGCAGCAUCUUCGUUCCUGUCUGAGCGGCGCUGCCCUUGACACCGUGCGCUCGCUGGAAAUAAACGACGCUCUUUAUAACACUGCAUUAGAUCUUUUACAAAAGCGCUUCGAUAACAAACGUCUUAUAUUUCAGGCACACGUCAGGGAGAUAUUUGGGCUAGAGAGGGCAGAUUCAAACGUAACCAAGCUACGAGAGCUGACAGAUAAGGUCACAGCACACAUACGCGCAUUGCAGUCGCUCGCAUCCAAUGGGAAGAUCGCAGAUGGCAUCAUCGUACAAUUGGUGAUCCAGAAACUUGACAAAAAGACGCAAGCUAAAUGGGAGGAGAGUUCAUCGGUCAGCGAACUGCCAUCCUGGGAUCAAUUAGCUAUGUUCUUGGAGAAGCGCUGCAGAACACUCGAGAACGUUGAGCAUUCUAUGCAGACACCGACUGGUCAGGCGGUAAAAGCUACCAAGAACACUGGGCAUCAAAUUCGUGACUGCAAAUCCGGAUCGUGCCGCGCCUGUCAGUCGAAACACCACACGCUCUUGCAUUUCGAACGCUCAACUGCAUCGUUAAACAAUAGUCAAGCCGAAGCUUCGUCGGCAGCUACAGUUCAAUCCAACGCUAUGACUGCAUCGUUAUCUGUGUCGCCUAGUGCCCCAGUAUCUCCUUCUGAUGCUGUGUUCCUAGCUACUGCCGUCGUUCUGGUAAAAAAUCGUGCUGGAAGCUUCGUGCCUUGCAGGGCGCUUUUAGAUUCUGGCUCCCAGUUACACUUUGUCACAACUCGCCUUGCAAACCAAUUGCAGCUUGUAAAAGCAAAAUCUUCUGCUACAGUAUCUGGCAUUGGAGAUGCCAAUUUCUCAACGGAGGGUUACUCAGUCGACCUCCCUGGCUGCUCCGUGAGCACCAACGAGUGGAAUGUUCCGUCGAAUAUACAACUAGCUGAUCCUGGGUUCAACUUACCGCAGCGAAUUGAUCUGCUCAUUGGAGCAGCAUUGUUCUUCGAUCUGCUAUGUGUGGGGCAGAUACGCUUGGCAUACGGUUUACCACUCCUUCAGAAAACACGCCUCGGUUGGGUGCUAUCUGGAGGGGGGCAACAAGCUCCAAAACUAUCAUCUUUUGUGGUGCGACGGAAGUCCUCCAGUGAUAUUAUUUCCACUCGGUUGGACGAUUUAGUGCGUCAGUUCUGGGAAAUAGAGCACAACUUCGAGCCGAUCUCUAAGGCCUCCCAAGAAGAUAUCGACUGCGAAGCCCACUUCCGGGAAAAUUAUUUGCGAUUGUCAUCAGGCGAAUACUCAGUUCGUCUUCCCAUGAAGCGUAGUGUGGAGGCCCUUGGAGACUCCUAUUUGCAAGCUCGUCAACGCUUCGAAAGUCUUGAACGAAAAUUCGCUCGUAACCCUGAGCUUAAAACAGAAUAUAGUAAGUUCAUAAAGGAAUAUCUGGACCUUAAUCACAUGUCGCUAGUUACCAAUGAGGUUUUUCAACAAUGCAAGUAUUUUCUGCCGCAUCAUUGCGUCAUCAAGGAUGACAGUAGCACAACAAAGCUGAGAGUGGUUUUUGAUGGCUCUGCAUCCACUACUUCGGGCUUUUCGCUGAACGACCUACUCAUGGCAGGCCCAACUAUUCAGCCGAAACUUUUUAAUAUCCUUAUUAGAUUUCGUACUUUUUCCAUAGCACUUACUGGGGACAUCUGUAAGAUGUAUAGGUGUGUUCGCGUCACCCCACCAGAUAGCAUGCUCCAAUGCAUAUUGUGGCGUGAAUCUCCUCAGGAAAACUUUGCCAUCUAUAAGUUAGACACGCUGACUUAUGGAACUAAGCCUGCGUCAUUUCUGGCCAUACGUGCCAUGCACCAACUCGCAGCUGACGAAUCCUCGACUUACCCCAUUGGUGCAGAAAUAGUGCGUCGAGACUUCUACGUAGAUGACUUGAUAUCUGGAGGCGAUUCGAUGGAAGAAGUACUGAAUAUCAAGCUACAAACAACUAGCCUCCUUGCUCGAGGAAACUUUAAGUUACGCAAGUGGUGCUCUAAUAGUCCAGAUAUCCUUCGUGAUAUACCUGACGUAGACAAGGAACGUUUCCUUAAGUUUGACGAUGGCAGUGACAUCACCAAAGCUCUGGGACUAGUUUGGGAUCCGGUCAAGGACAAGCUGCUAUUUUCGUUUGUGCCACAACGAGAACUCGGUAAAAACUCAAAACGCUCUGCGUUGUCUACUCUAGCUCGCUGUUACGAUCCCCUUGGACUAAUGGGCCCUACGCUGACCAAGGCGAAGAUUCUUCUGCAACGCAUGUGGAGAGACAAGCUUGAGUGGGAUGAGAGUCUACCGCAAUCGUUAAACACCGCCUGGUCUGUCUUUUGCAGCGGGUUUGCAGACAUACAGCACCUAUCAUUUCCUCGUUACGUCUUGCAACCUGGGGCCAUUACAGAAAUUCAUGCAUUUUGCGAUGCAAGCCGUGAAGCUUAUGGGGCUUGCGUUUAUACGCGUUCAGCCAAGGAUAGUAAGGUACAAGUGCACCUGUUGUGUUCGAAGGCCCGUGUCGCUCCACUGAAGACUAUCACCGUGCCCAAGCUGGAACUCUGUGCAGCAACACUGCUGGCACAACUCAUGGAUUCCUCCACUGUCCUCUCGUGGCUGCGAGAAGAACCAUCGAAAUUUAACGUAUUUGUCGCUAACCGAAUUUCCACCAUACAUCAAUUAACGGAGGGCAUGCGGUGGCACUAUGUUCCGACAGCAAUGAAUCCGGCGGACAUUUUAUCCAAAGGAGCUACCCCGCAGGAACUUCUAGGAUCUUCACUUUGGAUGCACGGCCCGUCAUUUUUGCGAGAAGUGGAGGGCAGCUGGCCGCGCAUGUGUCUACCACAACCAAAACUUCCAGAACUUCGACAAAAGGUGUUGCUUGCCGCACAUAACCGCAAUGACAUUUCGCUUUCGUUCAAGUACAUUAAUUCAUUUGGAACAAUGCAGCGCAUUUUUGGGUACGUCAGCAAAUUUGUCAAUAUUACAACAUCGCCAAGCUCUUCGCAGCAGAGCUUCACCAUGGAACUCAACUGCUUAUUCGCUUAGUACAAAGAGCGCAACUUUGGCCGGAGUACACGGCAUUACAGGCCAAUAAUUGCGUCCCGAGUUCGAGCAGCAUUGUUUCGCUAUCACCAUUUCUUGAUGACUUUGGAAUUAUUAGAGUCGGCGGGCGAUUAAAAAACUCUAUGCUUAGUUUUGAAUCGCGCCACCCAUGCAUUAUUCCGAAGGAUCAUCCACUGACAUUUAGUAUAAUAACCUUUUUUCAUCGCAAACAACAUCACGCAGGUCCUCAAGCUUUACUCGCCUUCAUUCGAAUGCAGUUUUGGCCCAUAGGUGGUCGGAAAACAGUCACUCGAGUCCUACAAAAAUGCAUUAUUUGCUGCAAAUCGAGACCGCGCCUUGUCGAGCACAUAAUGGCCGACCUGCCUAAAGAGCGAAUUCAGGCCUCGCGCCCAUUCAUAGUCACCGGUGUGGACUACUGUGGGCCAUUUUAUUACAAGCCUGAAUUACGCAA